AUGCUGCUGACACGCCUCUACUUCCUGGCCAGCUGCUUGGCUCUGGCAGCUGCACAGACCUCCAGUCGGACAUCUUCAGCGCCAUCUUUCCCGUCGCCAAGCUCCUCGGUAGCUCCAGAUGGCAUCACCGGAGGCACUGCUGAGGGCGACUUUUCGGUGCCUGCACUCUACUUCGACGAUGGGAGAUACGGUCCUUUGGCUGAGAUUGUGCAUCUCUACAACGACCAGUGGCCUAUCGGACUAGCCGUCUAUGCGCAAGAAGGGGCAGAAAACAGCAGUUUGUUUGCCUGCUACACACGCGGCGACUACGCAUACACCAUCGGAAAGAUCGUCAACCUGACCGCCGAACAAGCGUGGCCGGACGCAAGCAUCAACAGUCCAGAAUCGCUGAUCAAUCAGACGAUCUCCAACUUGACGGGCUACACCAUGGCUACGCAAACCACAGACAAGCUGAUCAACGUGCAAGCUCUCUACACAGAUCCGAAAGGGAGACUCUGGGCGCUCGAUACUGGCCGACCAACGGUGAUGACCGCUGGUCAGAAAUCCACAAGUGCCUAUGCCGUCGUGGGCGGGCCUAAACUGAUCCGAUUCGACGCUCCGACGGGGAAAGUGGAGCAGACGAUCACCUUUCCUGGAGACGUCCACUUUCCAGAUUCAUCCAUGAACGACGUGCGGUUCGAUCUACGAGUCAACAUGACGGAGUCGGGGCAAGGCGUCGCAUAUGUCGUAGACUCUUCGAACGAAGGUCGAAAUGCAGUCAUCGUUGUCGACCUGGGCACGGGUCAUUCGUGGCGAAGACUGGAGCAGCAUCCUUCCAUGCUGCACACGUACAACAAUCGGGCCUCGUACGCCGGCGUGCCCACCUACAUCGAUAUACGAGGUCAACAAGAGCUCAGCAACAAGGAAGGAUUCGACGGCAUCGCUCUUUCGCCGGACGGUCAAUGGCUCUAUUACAGCCCUCUUGUCUCCCAGUACCUGUACAGAGUGCCUACCAGCGUCCUGCUGCGGGACAACGGUCCAGACGGUGCAGACGGACAUCAAGCCGAGCUCGAAGCUUCGUACGCGGUCCAAAAUCUGGGCCAAAAGGGGAGCCAGACAAAUGGCUUUUGCGAAAGCGACGGUGCAAUCUACCUGCUCGCGCCUGAGCAGUCCGCCAUUUUCAGGUGGAACUACGAGACGAGCCGCAUCGAACCUUUUGCUCGCGAUCCUCGCUUCUUCUGGUUGGACAGCUGCCUGACUUGUAUGCCCCCACGACACUCGAAAGCGGACGACGGCUACCUGUACGCCAACUCGAAUCAGCUGCCGAAACAGGCCCAGUGGAACAAUGGCACAGAACGCAGGCAGAAGCCGGGUGUCAUGUGGCGAGUCAAGCUACCAGGUGACGAAAAGCGCAUCACUUCGUCAUUGUCCUGA